CAAUCCUACACAGUUGAACUUUUUGAUAGAAUCCUAUUGAUUUGACCACAGUGGCACAGUGAUGAGAACUUUGAAGUGAUAUUGAGGGAGUAUACAUUAUAUCGUUUUGGUGAAAUCUCGGUCAAAUUUACUGAAAAAUGUUCAACUAGAAAACUGAACUGUAGCUGCUGAAGUGAAAAGAUGUCUGCUGCUGGGACCCCAUCUACUGACCCAUGGGUCAUCCUGGCAAGAGAAAGAGCAAGGUAUGAGGAGCAAUUCAAAUCACUGAAGCCCAAUAAUGGCAUAAUAACUGGUGACCAGGCCAAAGGUUUCUUCUUGCAGUCUCAGUUACCACCUAUUACCCUUGGACAAAUAUGGGCCUUGGCAGAUACUGACGCCGACGGCAAGAUGAACAUUCACGAAUUUUCUAUCGCCUGCAAACUGAUCAACCUCAAGCUGCGCGGUUUUGAGGUGCCUAAAGGGCUACCUCCAUCUUUGCUAGCCUCCCUCAAAGUGAACACACCUCCUGCUAUACCUCCCCUACCCAAUGCUAGUCUCAUCAGUGGUAAUGCACCUCCUAGACCUGAACCACCCAAGGUUCCCCUGAUAGCAAAUACACAGCCUCUCAUCCAGCCGCAAUCUAUGCUGCAGGGUCAACCUCUGAUUCAGUCUGCUCCUACCCAGCUGCCCCUUUUGCCUGGCCUUAUGAGUCAGCCUCCACUCACGGGGAUCCCUAGUGGAUUGCCCUUGGGCGUGGUCCCUCCCACUGCUAGCAAUGUCAUGCAACCCCUAGGCGGGUUAGGGACAAGUUCUGGAAUACCUACAGGCAUAGUCCCCCCGAUGCCGACCAACCUGGUCCAACUUGUUCAGCCCCUGGUCGGCGGCCUGCCCCCCACCGCCUCCCCCCUCAUGUCCGGCAUCCCGCUCUCCUCCUCCACCAUCCAGCCGCUCGUGCAAGCGGCGCCUCCCGCCCCCCUCGGGGCUUCGGGGGGGACGGGCCUGCCGACCACCGCCGUGGCGCCGACGAUGGCGGGAGGCAUGUCGCCGGGCGGGGGCGGUCAGCCGGUGGCCACCAGCACGCCGAGGACGAGCGUGUCCAGCUUGGAGAGGACGCAUUCGGUCGAGUCACAGCCGGAAUGGUCAGUUCCUCACCAGACGAAACUGAAGUACACUCAAAUCUUCAACACAACGGACAGAACGAGAAGCGGAUUUCUAUCUGGCGCCCAAGCUCGCAACAUAAUGGUGCAGACAAAAUUGCCGCAAAACAUCUUGGCACAAAUCUGGGCCCUUUCGGACAUGGACGCAGACGGUAGAUUAGGCUGCGAGGAAUUCGUAUUAGCUCUGCACCUGUGCGAACAGGCCGCUCUCGGUACACCGCCCCCCACCAAAUUGCCCCCGGACCUCAUUCCCCCCACUUUCAGGAGAACCCGAACUACUUCUGUAUCGAGUCAAGGAAGUGCUGCGCCAGAUCAGGACCCUGCCUCUACUCUCUUACAGAAUUCUUUUGAAGAUAAGCGAAAAGAGAACUUCGAAAAGGGCCAAGCAGAGUUGGAACGGCGAAGGAAAACGCUCCUGGACCAGCAACGUCAGGAGCGGGAAGAACGAGAAAGAAAAGAGCGCGAGGAACAAGAGAAAAGAGAAAAGGCUCGCCAAGAGGCCGAGAGGAAAAGACUAGAAGAGUUAGAGAAGCAGAUGCGAGAGCAGCAAGAGAAAGAAAGACAGAUCGAGGAGGAUAGGAAAAGGCAAGCCGAGCAACGAGAAGCUGCGAGGAAAGAGAUGGAAAGACAGCGGCAGCUGGAGUGGGAGAAACAACGGUUGCAGGAGUUGCAACAGCAGAGGCACCGAGAGCAAGAAUCGGUGCUGAAGCUCAAAGCUAAGAACCAAAGUUUAACGAUCGAGCUAACCUCUCUGAACGAACACGUCAAAGACCUGUCGCAGAAAAUCUGCGACACUCGGAUGGGCGUGUCCAACGUGAAGACGACCAUAGAUGGCAUGCGGAGCACCAGAGACAAUCAGAUGCAGGAGAUGGGGCAGCUGAAGACCAGACUGAAGGAGCAGAAUGCCAGGCUGCUCGCCCUCUCUCAGGAAAAGAUCAAACUCGAAGCGAGAAACAAGAUCAACGCGCAGGACCCAGAACAAGCUCGAUUGGCAUUCCAAAACAAAGAGGUCACUAUCAAGAACCUGAAAACUAAAGUGGAAGACAUGGAAUCAGAAAUUGGCGGCAAGAUGUCAGACAUAGAGAACAAUAAUUCGCAACUCAAGGACCUACAAAAUCAGCUGAAGAGCCUCCUCAGCGACUGCAACCGGCUCUACGGAGUGUACGAACAAAAGAGGAACACCGUCGUCGAGAUGAAGAACGCCACAAAUAGGGCGGGCGAUGGUUUCGACGCGUGGAAAGCUCCGGACACGUGGGCGAACGACAUGGGCGCGAGCAACGUCGAAUUGGCGGACGAAUGGCCGGUCGAGAGCAAUUGGGCGGCGGCUGCUGCGCCCACAGAAACUGCUCGACUACCGGGCGUGGCCAAAUACCGGGCGCUCUACGAGUUCGUCGCGAGGAAUAACGAUGAAAUUAGUUUUCAACCUGGCGAUAUCAUAAAUGUUCCAAAAGAACAAACAGGUGAACCUGGUUGGUUAGCUGGCGAAAUAAGAGGGCACACAGGAUGGUUCCCAGAAGCGUACGUGGAACCGGUAGACAGUAUUGACGUUAGUGAACCUGAAUUCACCCAAACAUUACCUAGUGCCGAGGAGAUUGAGACCAAACGAUUAGAAGGAAUAGCUGAGGUGCCCGAAGGCUCGGACACGACGAAUUCGUUGGAGCCGAGUUCGUUACAGAACGAGACGACAGAAGCGCCUCCUGGCGAGCUGGAAGGCGAACCCGAGUACUACAUAGCCAACUACCCGUAUCAGUCGACGGAACCGGGCGAUCUCACUUUCAACGCGGGAGAAGUGAUCGCCGUGUACAAGAAAGAUGGUGAUUGGUGGACCGGCAAGUUCGGCAGCAAUGUCGGAAUAUUUCCCAGCAAUUACGUGCAGAAAGUUGAUGUGAACCCCUCGGCCGCUAACAACGCUAACGCUCCCCUCGCCGCCGUUGCGCUGCCCCCCAUGUCCGAGCUGUCCAAGGGGGUGUCCGCGGAGGCGGUGCAGUCCGCCCUCGAGAGCGUCCAGGACGACAACGAGGUGUCGCAGAUCAACGAGGUGAAGCCGAAAGAAGUGCCGCUGGACGCCACCAUACAGGCCGGCGCGCAGAUAAUGAAGAGCAAAAAGCCGGAAAUAGCUUCGGUGAUAGCCCCGUACCAGUCGAACAGCCCGGAGCAGCUGUCGCUGGCCCGCGGGCAGCUCAUCAUGAUUCGCAAAAAAACAGACUCCGGCUGGUGGGAGGGGGAACUGCAGGCCAAGGGCAGGAAGCGGCAGGUCGGCUGGUUCCCCGCCAGCUACGUUAAAGUACUGAACAGCAGCGGCAAGGUCAGCGGCAGGAGUACGCCAGUCUCUACCACCAGGAUCCAACAGGAAGUCAUCAUCGACAAAGUGGUCGCGUUAUACCCGUACACGGCAGGAAAUCCGGAUGAAUUGACAUUCGCGAAGGAUGAUAUCAUCAGCGUGACUGCCAGAGAAGAAGAGGCGUGGUGGAGAGGGGAAUUGAAUGGCAUAUCAGGACUUUUUCCCAGUAACUAUGUCGCACCGCUUCAGCAACAAUCACCACCGGUCCACGACAAAAAACGCCACGAAACCAUCAACGAAUUCAUCGAUACGGAAAAAACGUACGUGAACGACAUGUCGAUCGUUCACGAAGUAUUCGAGCUACCUCUGAGGAAGAGCAAACUCAUAUCGCCCAAGGAGAUCGACGACAUAUUCGUCAACUGGCGUGAUAUCAUACAGUGCAACAAAAUUUUCUUGAAGGAUCUUCUGAAUGCCAACAAUUCCGGAAGGGAUAUGGUGGGAGAUAUUAUUUGUAAACAUUUACCAAGGAUGACAGCUUAUAUAACAUUUUGUGGAAAGCAGUUAGACAGUGCAGCACUAUUACAAAAACUAACUGAAACGUCGACAGCUUUUAGGGAAUUAGUGAAAAAGUGCCAAAAUAAUGUAUCUACGAAAGGAAUGCCACUGUCUUCUUUUCUCAUCAAACCAAUGCAGCGAAUUACCAGAUACCCAUUGCUCAUUAGCAAAAUUUUAGAAAAUACUUCAAAAAAUCACCCAGAUUACAAUUAUUUGCAAGAAGCCCUACGAAUAGCGGAAGAAUUUCUGAACUCAAUCAACGAGAACGUUCGUCUCAAAGAGAACCAAGAUCGGCUCGAUUGGCUCCAACAGUACGUCCAAAACGACAUCAACCUCGUGUUCAAUAGCGAUACAAAUAGACUAGGACCUAGGCAGCUAGUGCAUCACGGGGUGUUUGUCAAACUGAAAAGCAACAAGGAACUCAUUGGUUUUCUUUUCAACGAUUGCUUCAUGCUAGUGCAACCUAGCAAGAGUAUUGGCCACCAGUUUACUUUUCUCAAAAAUGGAAACAUAUCAUACAAGAUUUAUAAACAGCCUAUUCUGAUUCAAAACAUGGUAGUGAACAGAGAAAGUACGGACAAUGUGGAAUCCGGCACUGAUUCUAACAGAGUGUUGAAUGUACUGGACGAUAAGAAUUCCUACAAAAUAGGACUUCUGGUGAACACCGUGAACGAAUGCAGUUUGUGGAUGAAACGGAUCGAAAGUACCAAAGAAGCAUACAUCAAGGCGUUUGCCUUAAGUCUGCAGAAUAAGAGGAAGACACAACUCCAUUUGGGGCCAUCUUGUGGACGCCUUCUCGUUCUCGUCCAAAAGGGAAAACGCUUUAUUUCUUCUGGAAAAUCUCAUAGCGAAAACAUCUACUGCAAAGUGAUGUUGGGUACGCAAGAGCAGGAGACCGACAUUGCCAGAGAGACGUUCCCCAAUGGCAAUUCGGCGCAGAACGGCAUACCCCAAAUCCCCAGUCUUGUUUGGAAUUAUAGCAUGCAGUUCCAGUUGAGGAAUAUCAACCAGGAGGUACUUUCCUUUACAGUUUUCGAACGAAACUCGUUCAGUCCAGAUGAAUUUUUAGGAAGAGCUGAAUUGAAAAUGAAGGAUAUUCUGAACGAAUCGCAAAAUCACAAUGGACCAAUUACGAAAAAAUUGAUUUUGCAUCAGGUGGAGUCCGGAGAAGUAACUGUCAAGUUAGAUUUGCAUUUAUUCAGCAACUAUUAGGAUAUUUUGAACGUUGCUCUCUGCAAAAUCAUUUGUUGAUUUCGCCUACUUUGUUGAGAUUAUUUUCAGAACCCUGUGAAGCUAUUCGAAAAAUAAAACUGAGAUUGCAGUCCGGUUUUCUGAACUAAAUUGCAUCAUAUUGAUGGUCAGUAAUAAAGUUCGUUAUGAUAUUCUUGGCACAUUGUUUUUGAUAAAUGAAAUGUUCAGAAUAUUCACCACAGCCUGAAUGAUUUAUGAAAUAAUUUGUUUUAACAGUAUUGUAUUUUUAAAUAUUAUAUCAAACUAUAUACUUUCUAAGUAUUGAUGAUAUGCGAAGUUUACACAGUUAAAUAUUUUACAAAUAUAUAUAUUUACUCUGAAGUUAUUGGCUAUUUGAAAGCUCAAAAUGUUUAUGUAUAGAAUUGCGAUUUUUUGUCAAUGAUUGAAUGUUAAAUGUUAGUAGGCAGUUUGAUUAAAGUAUUAGAAACGAAUACAUAAAAAAACUUUGAAUCAAAUAGUCAUUUCAUGAAUAUUUGUUCAGUCUCAACUAAUCAGCACUAUGCAUUUUAUAAUAUUGUAUAAACUGGAAUACUGUCAUUCCAUUAGAAUAAUUUUAUUUUUUCUCAAUUAUACACUGUGUGUUCAAUGUGAUACUAAGAUAUUCUCAAGAUCCUCUUUCCCUUCGCGCAUUGACUACAUUAAAAUAAAAUGCAUAAAAAAAUUACAAAGGUGAAAAGAAUGUUUGAGGAUAUCCUUGAUGUUUAUAUUUUUUUGAAUUUGUAUUGUCUAGCAGGCGUGAACUUUUUGAGUUCACAAAAUAUCGCAGAUUUCACGUGAAUUGAAAUGAGAAAUUUGCCUUUGCUCUUUUGAGAAUUUCAACUGCCACUAUUAUCGAGAAAUGACUACUGCUAAUACUAGUUAGCUUUUUGAGAUCACAUAUGAUAUGCUUUACUGACAAUACUAUGAAUAAAUCAUUGGAACGAU